CAGCGUUGCCACCAAUCGGUCCGAUGGAAACAUUGUCCCACCAAGGAUACACAUGAACACGCCAUUCUAAAUUAUCUCCAAAAGCACGAUUGGUCAAAGUAAUGGAGGAAGGAGAUAAAAAGAAUUACUAUGUCAUCCCUGCCUUCGUGAAAGGCUACAGCACGCCACAACCUCCGAGAACAAGAAGUUGGGACAUUUUCAAUGUGGAGGAUUACAAGGACCAAGAUGAGCGAGUGAAGCACAUACCAGAAGACACGCUCCGCGACUUCCCCACCCUUGUGAGUCAUCUGACCGACGGUCUCACCACUGAUGUCCAGAAAGUCAGAGCUAUCUUUUCCUGGAUGGGUCAUCGAAACCUCAUGGAGACUGAAUACCCGGAAGACACAGAUCUCUACUCACCAAAAGGAUACUUGAAGCGUAUGAAGGACACAUCUUUUUCGUAUGCUGUGCUGUUUGCCAUUCUUUGCAGAGAGGCUAACUUAGAAUGCGUGAUUCUGCAAGGCAUCUGCAAGGCAGGGGAUUACGAAGUCGGAGACAGGGACAUAAGUCAGUUCAUUAGCAACUGGAAUGCUGUGUAUAUAAAGGGAGCGUGGAGGUUCGUGCAUUGCCUCUGGGCUUUCACCUCACUGGUUGGCCAGAAGACUGGGGGCUGGUUAAAGGUCGAACACAGAGGAGGGCAAGUACGCGAAAACAUUGAAGAAAGUAAAGGAGAACACCAGAACAGCGAGGCAGAUGAUGAUUACUUCUUUAUAGAACCUGAACAGUUAAAUAUGUUGUGUAGAUCAGAAAGGGAGAAAUGGCAACUUUUGAAGAAGCCGUUCUCUAAAAAGAGAUUUAUAGGUUGCCCCUACAUUCAACUGAAGUUUACUGAAUACGGUUUCACAUUCAAAGGCAGACAAUCUGGUGUGAUCACGACAAAAAUGGGACAGUGCAAAGUAACAAUCUUAUCAAAACUGAAGCACACCCUGACGUAUGAACUGUUUUAUAAGAAGGACCAAGAACGACAGUUCCCAGAAGCCACAUCAGCAGAUAGAUAUGUGAUUAUGGAGAACAAAAAUGAUAUGGACGAAAUCAACCUCACCCUAAAUCUUCCAGUAACAGGAGUCUACAGACUGAGGCUGAUGGAAGGCUCUACGAGAUACCGUCUCUGCGACUUCAAGAUAGUAUGCAAAGAAACUUUGGCUAACUACAGACCACCUCCGAGACCGGACAUCAACUGGGGCCCCGGACCGGCUGCCAAGGCUGCAGGGAUAAGGAAUAUUUCUCACAGAAAUGGGAUUAUCUCUGUUAAGCGUGAUGAAAACAUGUCAGUUCAUUUCAAUAUCAAGAAGGGUCAGAAAAUCGGGGCACGUCUGACGAGUGAGACAUUCCCAAUAGAUGAAAUAAAACAAUAUAUUUCAGUCUCGGUCAUCAACCAGCAUGUACAAAUCAAGCUGAGGCCAGAAAUCGGGACUUAUGCUCUGAAAAUUGAUACAUCUAAUCGAAACACGAGUGAAAGGAAAAAUGUCCUAAAUUAUGUUGUUGAGUCCGGGCCUACCAACAAGCGGCUGGAUUGCGGCAGAGAGCCCACUGACGAGAGACUAGUCCGUGAACGAUUGUUGGAAGCAGCACGCAAGGCGAACAAGGAAGAUCUCAUCAAAUACAUUGGACGGUUCAAACAAAUGCAGAUGGGGGAUGUGAGCGUCUACACUAAAGCCAUACAAUCACUGGAAACAGUAGAGAUCAAAGAACAGCUGAAACAGGCCGUGCUGAGGAACCGAACGGACGAGCUAGAGAAGGCCAUCAGACGGGCCAAUUUAUCAGACGUGGCGGAGAGACUGACGUCAAAUGUCCAUGAAGCUGAGAGGGUUCUCAGCGAGCUCCUGCGACGUCAGGCAAAUCCUCGGGUGAUGUCACCGUUGAAUAACAGGACCAUUGCGGAACUGAAGGCCAUUCGGCACCUAACUGUACCUCUCCAAAAUGUCCUGACAGCGGUGUUUCUACUGCUUGGAGAAAACAGAUGGACAUUACAGGAUCCGAAAUACAUUCUUAGCCAACUGAAGCGACACUCGGCAGAUGAGCUGCUACAUCGUUUGAAGGACUCCACUAACCAUGUUCCACCAGAUGUAGUGAUGGAAGCCAAACGAUUGCUGGGCACAAUUCUGGGCGAGCGACUAGCUAGGUCUUGUCCCCCAGCACACAAGCUCUACCAGGAAGCUGUGAACAUUGUGGCUGGCUAUGGUGGAAAUCCCAGGACACAAAGGUCACCAAGUAUUUGCAACCAGUCUUCGCCUUGACUUCCUCCUGCUACUUGAGAUGCCAACAAGGGUCAUUGGUCACCAAGUAUUUGCAACCAGUCUUCACCUUUCACUCCUGCUUCUUUCAAAGAGUGAGUGAAUAUGGUUUUACGCCGCUUUUAGCAAUAUUCCAGCAAUAUCACGGCGGGGGACACCAGAAAUGGGCUUCACUCAUUGUACCCAUGUCGGGAAUCGAAUCCGGAUCUCGGGCGCGACGAGCGAACGCUUUAACCACUAGGCUACCAGACCGCCUCUUUCUUAAAAGAUCAAUGCAAGACCCAUACAUUUGAGUCAAUUUGCAAUGUUUUGGAUCACUACUAGCUAUACGCUAACCAUUCAUUCACUUAAUAGAUUCAUCAUUUCACAUUUGUACAAUGUGUGAAUCCCUUUUCUGCUGUCCCCACAAUGAUAUUACUGGGGUAUAGCUACAAGCACCAUAAAACCCAAUUCACUCACACAUCCAUCACUCUCGUCCUCAUCCAAGUGAACACACCUGAUACUUAAAAUUUAAAAGCUCAUUUCAAAACUUGGGCAGAGAUUUGUUAAUACUGACACUUGCAACGAGUUUUACUGUAAUGUGAUAAUUCAAAUACACAAUAGUUAUCACACAUCAAGUCAUUGAUGGAUACGUUUUCCGAUUCCUAAGAUAUCCUCAGAAUAAACAAACAUUAUUUCUUGUUUAUUAUAACAUUGUAUAUGACAUACUGUUUUCUGUAUUGUUAUAUUGUGUUAAUGAUGAGUGUACAAUAUGAAAUGUAUUGUUCAGCAUGUCAGAUCUUACUUCAUGAAUACAAUAUUUAAUCUGUAUAUUCUACAUAGAUGUUGCUAUGACAUAUUAUAUAUUUCUUUUAUAAGUAUAUACAUGUAUACACUGAUUGUCAAGGUUAAGGAACAUCAGAAUUUAACUUUUUAAAACGUUCUGAAUAUUAGCAAUAACACUCUUUCCACAAUCCUAUGAAUUAUCUGGUAGAAGCUGAGUCCAUUGUACCUUUCCGACUAGAUCAUAAGCAAGUGUUUAUGGAUCACUAUCAAAAAGUGAUUGACACCAGGUGAGUGUACUCUGCUCCACAGCCACCCAUGACAAACACAUGUACAGGCAAAACAAGUGUCACCUGAACAAAUACUGGAUCAUAUGGUACAGGUACAAGAAUUGCAUCCCACAUCCUUCUGGUCAAUGGUGUAGGACCCAAAACUCUACAUAAUUUGUAUACAAACUUCUGCAGGGAAAAGUGUUUGAUGUCAAAUGCAUUGAUGCUGAAAAGCAAUAUUACGUUGUAUAUAUAUUAUCAUGCAAUAAAUACAUUUGUAGAGUAGAUGGGUAUAUAACUCUAUUGAUUGGAGGACCACAGUGUGGUCAGACAUUCAAAUUAGAUGGCACAGAAUAUAGAGCUAUACUGUUUGUUUGUUUGUUUGUUGUUUAACGCCGCACUCAGCAAUAUUCCAGCUAUAUG